AUAUAAAAGUAACAUAUUCCUGUUUUUUAAAAAUGAACAGGAAAGUUCAAGAAAGUAAGACACUCCCACUACGUAUAUUCUUUUCUGAGAUCUUUCCACCCAUUGCACAUAGGAGUGCAGGGAAAAUGCUGGCUCUUCAAGGCUGGGGCUGGGGGAAAGUGAGAGAAGGGGAGAAGCAAUUGGACAGGGAAUAGAGAAGGUAAAAAAAACCUAUUCCUCGAAGAGGAAGAAAAGACCAAUGGACAAGGGAACAGAUGCACUUUCUCCCUGUUAACCAGAGAAAGGCAAAUUCCAGCCACAAGGAGAAGCUCUCCUCAGCCUCUGGGAUCGGCAAAAGAAAAUGAGUGGCAGGACCUGAUGUAGCCAGGAAGGAAAGGGGUGGGCCGACUCUUGCCGCACUGCUGGUGGGAGUGGUAAUUGGGGUCUUGAACUCACGGGUGACGUGGCCCUUACGUGAGCAGGAGCUGACGUUUGCAGGCGUCCUUCUAAUUCUGGUCCUGGUUUGGUCCGGUUACCAGCUCCAUAUUACCCAGAGGGCGGGCGGGCCUGUGGCCAGGGAAGGAGGAGGAGGUAACUGCCCGCAUCCCAGCAGUAGGGCGCUGUACCACUCAGAGCAAAAGAAUAACGUAUCUGCCCGGAAUCCCGCAGGUCUGUGCAAAGGUUGCAGGACACAGUGGACUUCCAGGCAAGGAAAAGAAGGAAGAAACUGCCUGGACCUGUGCUGGUGUAUGUGGGGGUGCCACUACCCCAAGACAUCUGGAGGGGUAGGGGAGGUUCCACUGUAUCUGCAAGCUGCAACCGGGCCUGCCAGCUGUAGCUGAAGACUCCGCUCCCAACAUAGAAGAAACCCCACUCUACCCUGGUUAAAAAUUUGGUUCAGACGUUCACCCCAGCAUGGGCCGUACUCGGGAAGCUGGCUGCGUGGCCGCUGGUGUGGUGAUCGGGGCUGGCGCCUGCUACUGCGUGUACAGGCUGACCUGGGGAAGAGAUGAGAAUGAGAAAAUCUGGGACGACAAUGAGGAAGACGAUGAAGAAGAAUCUAGUGAUAUUGUAGAGACUGGUGUCCAGACUGGAAAAGGACCUAAGGCUAAUGCUGGGGUGGGGGCUGGGGCUAGACUUCAGGAUGAAUCAAAGGUCAAGGCUGAGGUGGGCAUGGAACUCCAGAAUGGUUCAGAUGUAAAGGCAGAGGCCCACUUGGGGGCGCAGAGUGGAGGUGGCCUAGAGGCCAAGGCCAAAGCCCUUUUCAGCACUCUGAAGGAACAGGCAAGUGCAAAGGCCAGCAGAGGAGCCAGGUUGGGCACUAUCUCUGGGAACAGGACCCUUGCACCCAGUUUGCCCUGCCCAGGAGGCCGGGGUGGAGGCUGCCACCCUACCAGGAGUGGGGCUAGGUCUGGAAGUAGGGCAAGCGGAAAAACCAAGGGAAGGACCCGAGGUAAGAGCACCAGGACUCCAGCUACAUCAUGGCCUGUUCGCAGGGGCAAGUUUAACUUUCCCUAUAAAAUUGAUGAUAUUCUGGGUGCUUCUGACCUUCAAAAGGUUCUUAACAUCCUGGAACGAUCAAAUGAUCCUUUUAUUCAAGAAAUAGCCUUGGUCACUCUGGGUAACAAUGCAGCAUAUUCUUUUAACCAAAACGCCAUUCGUGAAUUGGGUGGUCUUCCAAUUAUUGCAAAACUGAUAAAAACAAAAGAUCCUAUUAUUAGGGAAAAAGCUUACAAUGCCCUUAAUAACUUGAGUGUGAAUGCUGAAAAUCAGGGAAAGAUUAAGACAUAUAUAAGUCAAGUGUGUGAUGAUACCAUGAUCUGUCGCUUGGACUCAGCUGUGCAGAUGGCUGGACUAAGACUGUUAACCAACAUGACUGUGACUAAUCAUUACCAACAUUUGCUUUCCUAUUCUUUUCCAGACUUUUUUGCUUUGUUAUUCCUGGGAAAUUACUUCACCAAGAUUCAGAUUAUGAAACUAAUUAUAAACUUUACUGAAAAUCCAGCUAUGACAAGAGAGCUGGUCAGUUGUAAAGUUCCCUCAGAAUUGAUUUCCCUCUUUAAUAAAGAAUGGGACAGAGAGAUUCUUCUUAAUAUCCUUACUCUAUUUGAGAAUAUAAAUGACAACAUAAAAAAUGAAGGGCUUGCAUCAUCUAAGAAGGAAUUCAGCAGAAGUUCACUUUUUUUCUUAUUCAAAGAAUCUGGAGUGUGUGUUAAGAAAAUCAAGGCAUUAGCAAAUCACAAUGACCUGGUGGUGAAAGUAAAAGUCCUAAAAGUACUGACCAAACUCUAAUUUGGAGUAUGGUCCAAACAAUAUUGAGAUAAUUUUUCAGUGUGCACUGGGAACAAUGCAUUUUGUAAAUUCUUUGUUUUCCACUGUGCUUACAUGACAAUGAGAUCCUUUUGGCUCCUACUCUGGAAAAAUGAAUAUCAAGAGUCAUCAGUGAUGUUACUUGUGGUGGCUGGUUUCAGUAUGGAGCAUUUUAAUGAUUUAUUGAAUACUAGAGCUUGUGUAAAGAAAGCAUUUAUUGAUUCCAUCUUGCUACCAAGAUUGAGAUAUUUUUUACUCUUUACUCUACCUAAACUGAAAGCAGACUAAUCAUAAAUAAGCUACACUUUUGUAUUGGUUUACAUUUGUUAAUCUUUGACUUGUGUUUCAUCAAUAAAGUUGUGUGUUUUAACCAGCAAAAAUAAUUAUUCUGUCCUUGAG